GGCUGGGCCUGGCCACCUCCGCCCGCUCCCUCUUGGUGGAGGGCCUGGGACGCCCUCCUUGGAAACGGGCUCCGUGACCACACGUUAUUGACCAUGGAGCAGCCCGGCUUGGCCGCGGGGCAGAGCUCGGCCCUGGGCCAGUCACUGUGGGUUGACGUGAGGAGAAGGUGCGGGCAUUGAUCGCUCAGCAGGUCAUGUCAGAGCGUCCAGAUCUUCACCAGCACUACUUGCGGGCCUGCCAAAACUUGGGCCAACCUGAACACCCCUUCAUUGCUCGUGUGCUUCAAGAAGCAGAUAAAAAUGAUAAAAUCAGAUGCGCAAAAGGGAUCACAUUAAAAAUAGCUGGAAAUAAUCAUCUAGUGCCUGUGCAGAGGGUUACAGAUGGCGACCUUCAAGUUCUUGCCUCUGUCUUACACAACACCGUGUAUGUCACAGGUUUGGAUCUUCGGUAUAACGUAUUGACUGAUGCUGGAGCAAAGCACGUGGCAACAUUCCUCCAGGAAAACUCCACUCUGCAGUACCUUAACCUGAUGUUUAAUGAUAUUGGCACAAGUGGAGCAGAGCUGAUAGCGAGAGCACUCCAUAGGAAUAAAACCCUUGCAUAUUUGAGAAUGACUGGAAACAAAAUAGGAAACAAGGGUGGAAUGUUCUUUGCUUCAAUGCUACGAAUUAAUUCAACCUUAGAGAAGCUGGAUCUUGGAGACUGUGAUAUGGGUACGCAGUGUCUAAUAGCUAUCGCAACAGCCCUGACUCAGAACAAAUCAGUCAAAGCAAUAAACCUAAAUCGUCCUCUACUGUACAGUCAAGAGGAAGAGACCACAGUUCAUGUAGCUCUGAUGUUGAAAAAUAACUCUUCUCUUGUGGAACUACACUUGUGCAAGCACGAAAUGAAAAACUUUGGUGUAGAGCAACUGUGUGAGGCAUUGUAUGAAAACUCCAGCCUGAGAUACCUCGAUCUUAGCUGUAAUAAAAUAACCUGUGAUGGUGUAAAAUUUUUGGUAGAACUACUAAAGCGGAACCAGACCCUGGAAAUCCUAGAUCUUCGUGCAAACCGAAUAGAAGAUGAUGGAGCCAUCUACCUGAGUGAAACCUUGGCUUUGAACAACAGGACUCUUCAGGCGUUGUCAGUGGUAAGCAACAACAUAAGUGGCAAAGGACUUGUAGCUCUUUCGGAUGCGAUGAAAACAAACAUGGAACUUUCCUAUAUUUACAUUUGGGGGAACAAAUUUGAUGAAGCCACCUGUAUGGCAUUUUCAGAAUUAAUUCAGACGGGCCGCUUGAAACCUAAUUGUACGGACGUGGAACCGUAUGAAGUAGAUGGGCACGUUCACCUGGCAGAGCUCUCCCAUGGCCUUAAGAAGCAUUACUACUGGACACCAAGUUGUGGGGAGGUGACAAACAAAGACGCCAAUGCCAGUCUGGCAAUUGCAGCGGUUUCAGAACACUUGCUGGAGUACAGACAGGUACAUCAAACCAACAACUUACACCCCGGACUGCCACUGGGCAGCAGCUUUGCUUGACUGCAAAGCAGAUAUGCUGUACAACAAGGCUCCCGUUGAAGAAAGAGAAAGUGAAGAACCUUAGGACACGUGACACGCAGUUUGCUUUUUUUACAUGGAGUCAAGAUCCCGGUAUUUGUUGUUCUUCAGUCUUCAAGGGCAAGGCUAAGGAACCCUUCAGGUGCUACAUGAACA